AUGUUUUCGUUCGACUUUGUAAGCCUUCGCCGUAGUUCCCCUUUCCCUUUCCCUACCCCAAGCCCCCCUAUUCUCCCCCCUCUCUUCAGGCUCGCCCUUCGCAACGGUGACCUCAUCCUAGCCGGAACUCCAGAGCUGACCCUCCCCACGCAUCUCUCAGGACAUCCCACAUGAUGAGCUCGAGCUCGAGGAUGAGGAACAACAAGAACUCGUCAGCUCGACACAGGAUCUGAGCAUCUCCGCGACUCCGGGAACGGCUGCACCAGCCUCAUCGCAAGUCGCUCCUUCGCUCAUCCCCUCGGCCAAAGUCGAGUUGCAAGACUUGGUACGUCAGAGCGAAUAUUAUCCUUUCCUUGUUUAUAUCCCAUCUAAUCUUUGUAGCCUUUCCUUCUUUCGGAGAACAGAUUGAGACCCUCCCCCCCAUCAUCUCCUACUCGCCCGUAAGGAUACCCCUAUCCCCGCCAAACCCUCCCACCUCCACCUCCACCUCCGUUUCCUCCGACUCGUUCACCGAAACGAUCCUGCUCAAACGGGACCUUUUCGACGCGCGUUUCCAGAUCCUUUCCGACCAUUCCCAAAAAGAUCGAGAUGAUGGAGAUGCGAAAGUCGAGCGUCGGAAGGAGGAUCGCUCGGUCGAAGUCGAGUCGAUCGAUCAGGAUUCGGAUUUGGUCAAGGGGGUUUAUGAGGGCGGUUUGAAGGUGUGGGAAUGUUCUUUGGAUUUGGUUAGGGUGUUGUUGAGGGAUGGAAGGGAAGGAGGGAGGUAUAGGGGAUGGAUGGGAAAGAGGGUUUUGGAGGUGAGUGAGGUGCAAAAAGUCGAAUUCGUGGGCUCGAGAGCUGAUGAAAGACGUCCUUUGAACAGCUGGGAUGUGGGACCGCCCUUCCGGCAUGCUACGCCUUUGCGCAAAUAUUGCAAGAGAUUCGAGAGGAACGAGAUGCCGAAAGACGGAAUGAGCAGGCGCAAGAAGCUCAAACUGCUGAAGGGAGAACCCAGGCCAAGAGGGAGAGGAAGAAGACGAGGUUGGAUCUCCAGGAUUAUAAUCGACAAGGUGCGGAUCUGGUCCAAAGGGUCUAUCCAUUUAUCACCGCGUUCCAUUCAUUAACUUAUCAGCUCACUUGUUUUGUUGAUGCAGUCCUCUCCCUAAUCACGCUCCCCAAUCUUCUCCUCGUUUACGCACACCAUCUCACGCUCACGGAUGGGGGUGAAGGGACCGAAGCGCAAGGGGUUCUGGUGCCGACGCGAAAGCUGAAGAAGAAGAAGAAGAAGAGCGACGAGGAAGAUACAAUUAAGGAAGAGGAUGAGGUGAAUGAAGAGGAUAGCGAGUCUUCUGAGGACGACGAUGAGGAGGACAGCGACGACGAUGACGAUAACGACAUCCGUGAAGAUGACGAAGCAGGAACGGACUUUGAUCCCACCGCAGACUGGCGACUCCACCCGGGCGAGAUCGAACUGUCCCCAGGCUUCCUCGAAUCUUUCACAACAUUAUUGGAGGACUACGGUAUCGAACUAGGGUUCUACGAAGGCGCAUGGGAAGGAUUCCGAUCCACCAGCAAUAUCCAAUCAACGUCGGAUCAGGAGUCGAGGGCAGAGGAAUUGGAAUACGACCUCGUCCUCGCCAGUGAAACGAUCUAUCAACCCGCUUCUUUGCCCUCCCAUAUCGACGUACUACAACGCUCGAAAGGAGAGCAGUUGAUUGCUUGCAAGAGGAUUUACUUUGGCGUCGGGGGUGGGGAGGUCGAAUUUGUGACUCAGGUCGAGGGGAGAGGGGGCAAGGUCGAGACGGUUUGGCCUGGGCAGGAGGCAGGCGAACAGAGGAUGGGGGUGGGGAGGACAGUUCUAAGGGUUGGGUGGUAG